CCAGAGCCCCGAAACUUGCAGCCUUCAUCAGCGGAUCGAGGCAACUGACCGGCCUGGACCGAAAACCACCAGCAGGCUGCCAUAAGUGAGAAAAUAAAUUGCCACAAUGCAGUCUGGAAUCUCAGCCUCCGAGGAGCUCCAGAAGGCCUUCAGCUCGCUGCUGACGACGCCAUCCGACUUUGCCCUUCUGGUGACCAUCGAACGCGAGACUUUGGCGCCCGUCAAGACCAUCCCAGGCAUAUCGUCAGACUUUGGACAGAACCUCUCUGUGCUGGAGCCCUUCAUCAAGCCUGAUGUUGCCCUCUACGCCAUCCUCCGCCGCUACGAAGACUCCCCCAGGUUCGUUGCCGUGACAUACGUUCCCGACGCCGCCAAUGUCCGCCAGAAGAUGCUGUUUGCCUCGACGCGUCUGACGCUGACGCGAGAGCUGGGCACUGAGCAUUUCCGCGAGACGCCGUUCAUGACCAUGGCCCACGAGUUGACAGAAAAGGGGUUCAAGGCCCACGAUGCGCACAACGCACUGGAAGCUCCCCUGACGGAGGAAGAGAAGACUCUUGGAGAAGUCAAGAGAGCAGAGCAGGAGGCUGGAUCCGGCACUGCUAUUCGGGAAAUCCAUCUCAGCAAGAGCUUGACGAUGCCGGUCAACGAGGAUGCUAUUACGGCAAUGAAAGAGGUUGCUGAAGGGCAAAAGGCGGCGGCUACACUGAAAAUCAACGCAGCCACCGAGAGAGUCGAGCUGGCGCCUGACUCAUUGGAUCCUAGCUCCCUCGCCAAUCUUAUCAAGAGCAUCUCGCCAGUCGAGCCACGGUUCACCUUUUAUCGGUUUACCCAUACCCACGAGGGGACUGAGCAGACCCCAGUGCUCUUCUUUUACACUUGUCCCGCCACGGCUGGAAACAAGGCGAUUAAGAACAGGAUGCUAUAUCCUCUGAUGAAGCGUGCUGUCCUCACCAUUGCCGAGCAAGAGGCCGGCAUCACCCUGGAGAAGAAGUUUGAGGUAGAGGAUCCCAGCGAGCUUACCGAGGAGGAAGUCUUGAACGAUCUCCAUCCCAAGAAGGUGGUAUCAUCGGGCUUUAGCAGACCCAAGCGCCCCGGCAGGUAAACGCCCUCACGAGUUACGACCCAUACGAACGGAACGAUCUAGCCUGAAUAGAACAUUGUCCAUACUUUUAUACAAGAUAUAUAUGCAGUUCACUAAAAAACCCCUUGGAAAUUUUCCUUUCUCCCUUCCAAACGUACAUGAUCCAACUCCGCAUUCCAGGGAUGCAAAUGAAAUCUCUAAACGAAACAUGAUUGCCGCCAUAUAAUCACCGUCUUCACGACUAUAAACCAGUUUCCUAUGCAUGCA